AUGGUGAAUGCCAGCGUGUCGGCAUGUGAGCAUGUGAGCAGUGUCAGGGAGCGCCAUCUGGCAGGCAUUCGUGCGAACAUAGUUCCCACGAGUGUGAUCGGGAUGACACCAGAAAAACACAUUAGCAAUUGGACUCUGCCGCUUGCAGGUCUGAGGGCGCUGACGAGGCUGGACCUCAACGAAUGCCGUCUGAAGUCGAUCGAGGCCGGAGCGUUCUCCGCCCUGGAGUCCCUGGAGCACCUGGACCUGUCGUGCAACGAACUGGAGAUCCGGAGCGACGACGUCUUCGCGGGUCUGGGCUCCCUCGUCUCCCUGCUGCUGAAGGACAACCAGAUCCGAGGCGUCGGGUCGCCCUUCGCGGCGCUGAGGAACCUCCGCGAGCUCCAGCUGGACGAGAACUUCGUCGCUCGCCUCAGCCGGGAAUUCUUCGAGGGGAUGGAGAGCUUGGAGUGCCUCACGCUGACGGACAACGACGUCCGGGCGUGGACCUCCCCCGUUCUCGGGGCGGCGGGGAAAUUGAAUUCGUUGAGGCUCGGUCGGAAUAAGUUGAUGCAGGUGACCGAGGCCAUGCUGGCGGACUUUGCAUCUCUGGGGAGGCUGGACCUCUCCGAGAACCCGUUCGUGUGCGACUGCGGGCUCUACAGCUUCUACAGGUGGGCCUCGGAAAGGCCCGAGAAACUGGAGCGGUGGCACGAGGAAGGAGCCUACACGUGCUGGACGAAGAACGACACCAUCUAUUCCUUGCCGCUCGACGCGGACGAGAUCUUCCGGGACUGCGGGCCGAAGUCCGUGACUCCGGAAGAUGCCGACUCCAGGCUCUCGGCGAUGGGACUGACGGGAGGCAUCUGCGUGCUCGUCGUCGUUCUCGUCGUCAGCGGGUACUUCGCCUAUCGGCGGUGGUGGUGUCGGCUGGUCGCGCCGCCGAGUCGGGGGUGAACGAGCGAUGUCGCGUCGUGUUUUUUUUUGUCUUUUCCGUCCGGGAGUGGCUGAGCCAUCUGCUGUGAUGGCGAAUAAUUGACUUCCAGUCGUUUGCGUGCAGCAAUUCAUCAAUUUCAUCGACGUCGUCGUUUCAUGCAUCCUUUCAUCGAUUUCUCAGGUUUAUUUCAAUGGAGCCGAAAGUAAAUAUUGCCAAUGACGUUCAACAACGCAAACAUGCUCUGAGAUCUGAAACUGAAAGCUUGGAAUCCCCACCAGAUCCCCCACACAAUUCCUCAAGCUCCCUCAGGCGGAGUCUGCCGGACUUCCCCCGGAGAAAAACUAGGCAGAAUCCGUGAAAACGAUCAUUACCAUUAAGUUACCAUUACCAGGGACCAUUAAGUUACCAGGAACCGGGAGGCCCCGGUCCCGGUAACUUAAUGGGCAUGGAACCCAGAGUGCUUGCUUGCUUCAUGAUUUUCUCCCACCACUCAGCAUCACGAAAUACCAUACUUCUAACAAGACUACGCUUAAUGCAUGUUUCCUCCAGUAUUUUUUUCCCUCAAGUAUUCUCUUCGUUUGCCAAUUGCUAUAUGGAACGUCUCAGAUUAAUGCGUGACAGAAUAGCAUGUUGUUGGACGGUGCAAUUUCUCAAGUUCGGCUGACGAAUUAUCAUUCUAAAAUCAUCCGUUUUCAUUCUAAAAAAAAAGUUAAGAUAUUAUUCCCUCAGAACUCCUGAAACCGUAUUAAAAUAAAUA